GGUGCGGGUGGAUGGAGGAAAACAAAUGAAAGGCCUGUGAUAGGUGGAAGGCGGGAGAGAUUAAAUGACAAAAAGGAAUAUGGUGAAGGAAAAGAGCUGGUAAUGGGACAAGAAGCAAAAGAUCUAGAGGUGGUGUAAAUGGCACUUUCAGAAUCAUUACCAAAAGCUGUUGCCUGAAAAAAAUGGGGAAUGAUGUGAAAUUGUUGAAAUCCGUGUUAAAUCCAGAAGGCUGUGAAGUGCCUCAUUGAAAGAGGAGAUGCUGCUCUUCGAGUUUUAUUGAAAUGGUAUGAGAAGCUCAGGAUCGAGAGAUCAGAGUCGGAGCAAAGAAUUAAAAUAAAAAUUAGUGACUGAUUUGAAAUUCAAAACAGCUUUGGGAAUAUGACAUCGGCUAUCAGGAUGGAGAAUAAAGUUCAAAUUGUACGACCUAUCCGUGGACCUGGAGAUGGAAUGGAAACACAAGAACCAGCCAAGCGUGUAGAAAAUACCACCGGAAUAAAUAAAAAGUGUCACCAUGUUCCCCGAACUAAUGUAGUAUCCUGCUCUUCUCAAAUUGUCACUAAGCCUGGUGUUCUUCAGCUUGGGAAAGUUCAGCCUGGCCAAGCAGUUGAGGUAGAAGCCAUUAAGAUCUUGGUUCCCAAAGCUGCUGUAAUUCAUGAAAUUCCCACAAAGAGUACAAAGUUAACUGACUCUGCAGGUUCUCAUAAAGGUGAGUUGUCGAGUCAGUUAGAGAAUACGAAUGAGUUCAGGAGAGAACUGAUGGAAUUAAAAGCCUCCAUUGAAAAAUCUCAAAGUUCAGAAAGAAAACUCCUACUGGAUAAAGAAGGGCUGGCUAAUCAAAUCCGGGUACAAACUGAGGUAAAUCGUGAGCUAAAAAAACUACUUGUAGCUUCUGUUGGGAAUGACCUUCAGUAUCACUUUGAGCGCAUGGCCCGUGAAAAAAAUCAACUAAUCCUGGAAAAUGAGAAUUUGACUCAAAACCUGUCUCAGCUCUCUGAGCAACUGGAGCGGAUGACCAUACAAUGUGAUGUAUGGCGCAGCAAGUUCCUUGCAAGCAGAGUGAUGACAGAGGAGCUGGCCCAUGCCAGGACAUCGCUGCAGCGUCAUGUUAGAGAAACCCAAAGUGCAAUACAGGAUCUUCUUGGUGAACGUGAGCAAUUUCGUCAGGAUAUGGUUGACUCCCAUCGAUUCCUUGAGGAGCUCUUGGUAUCUCUGCAAUGGGGUCGACAACAAACUUACUACCCUAGUGCACAACCACACACCACUGCAGAGCUUGCUGCUGUCAAUCUUAAGUUAGCAGAGGCUGUUAAUUCUCACCUCCUUGGAAAACUGAGUAUAAGUAAUGCACAAAAGACUAACCAUCAAGUUGAAUUCUGCAACACACCAGCUGAAAAAAUGGCUGAAAAGGUUUUGAAGAUGUUGGAUCUUACACUGUGCAGCAAAGGAACGGCAGACAUACCAUUCUGUGAUACCUCACCAACUUCAUUUCUUUCUAAUAAAAACAGCAUAGGACGAUUUCACCCAUAUACUAGAUAUGAAAAUAUCACAUUUAAUUGUUGCAACCAAUGCACGGGAGAAUUAACAGUCUUAUGAAAUAUUUUUAGUGUAAAGGUUGGUGUGAACAGGUUGUGCAUAAGUACUACUGUUUCUUAACUAUUUAAAGCUGGCAAUAUUUUGGAACAAUGAAAUUUAUAUAUUCAGUGAAUUUUCUUAGUUACAUAUAUUGGUUAUAUUUUUAAGAAAGCUGUGUAUAUUAUAUAUUAAUCUAAGAAACAGUGGUGUAUUCAACCUUAUUCACUCUCUUAUUCUGUGUGCUGCCUGAUUCUUUACCUCGAGGUUCAUCUAAUUAUGAUGUAAACGUAUUAUGUAUUUAUACUGCCACAUGUAUUUAAAUGUCUUUUUUGUGUGUGUAUAUGAAUAUAUAUUUAUAUAUGUGCAUGUGUUCCUGACACAGCUGUAGCAGUUAAAAACAGCUGUUUUCGAUCAAGUGAACUGUUACUGAAAUGUCCAAUUAGAUCAAUGUUUUCCUGAUCAGAUCACUUAUUAAGUAAUGUACAUAUCAACAAAAUAUUCAAUUUGUAAUGAAAUAUGCAUAUCUGUUUUUGAUAUAACAAUGUGCUAUAUAAUUUUUGUUCACCCAUCCAUUCUUUCAAACUAUUCCUUGAAAACUUGUUGUGUUUGAAAUUUAACUAACUGCUGAAGCAUCUUUUACUCCCCAUUUUUUUUAACCACACAUCAGUCUAGAAAAGUUUAGUGACUUACUAGAGUUUUAGAGACUGACAAUUACUGGAAGUUUCAAGUGGGAAUUUUAGAAAAAUUGUUUUUGCAUAAAGGUAUGCUUUAUCGCAAAUGCUGUAGCAAAGAUGAUCGCAAUUUAAAAGAGAAUUUGAUAAAUAUUUGCAAAGGAAGAAUAUAAAAGAAUGUUAGGAAAUAGCAUGGAAAUAAGGGAGGGCAGUCUGGAGGGGUUGGUUAAGCCUACCAAUCUGGUGUUCAACUGAUGUAUUUUGGAUUGCUGCAAAAUCAUAGUAUUAUUAGGACUGGACGACUUUCACUGUAGGUUCCAAUGGAAAGUCAGCAAUAGCCAUUUUGAUAAUUAGUGCAUUUUCAUGAUUAAUGCCAAAUGGUUGAAUCCCAAUCAAUAAAUCAUCCUUGUAAAAAUGAGUCUCAAAGAAGAUUUUAAAAUAAUAAAGUAGCUCAUUUGUUUCAUCACUGUAAUUAGCAAUAUUGGGCUUGAAGCAAUAUAUGUUAUUUUACACAAGUUGCAAAUUGGGCAUACUAUGGUUACAUAGGCAAGGGAUGGAACUGGAUCAUUUAGUUUUUGCUUAGAUUCAUUCUUGAGUUAUUGGCAUCACUAGCAAGGCAGUUCUUAUUGUCCAUCUUUAGUUGCCCCUCAAAAGGGGCCUGCCUUCUUGUACUGAUAGGCAAGGAGUUCCACCAUUUUGAUCCUAUAACUUUGAAGGAAUGAUGAUUAUGUCCAAGUUAAGGUUGUGACUUAGAGGCGUUGGUAUUCCCAUGUGACUGUUGCCAGUAUCUUGGGUGGUAGAGGGUUCAGGUUUGGGAGGUACUGUUGAAGAAGCCAUAGAAAAUGACUUGCGUUUAAAUGUGUAUUAAUGUAUCAACUUCAUUGUAAAUACCUAUACGCCAUAAACUUUAUUUCAAUUCUC